GUUUUACUUUGUUAUCCUCAACGAAAGGAAUACUAAUUUGAUUCGAAGUUUCGAAGAAAAAUAACCUAUACUAAGCAUGUCCCAAUCAAAAAAGAAAUGUAGACAGUACAAUGUUGAUUAUCUGAAGUUUGGCUUUAUUCCAUCAUUGUCGAAUAAACAACUGCCAUUGUGCCUUAUAUGCAACAAAGUAUUUAGCAAUGACGCCAUGAAGCCAUCUAAGCUGGAAGAUCAUUUAAGAAGAUGUCAUCCAGAUAAAUUAGAUAAAGAUUUGAAAUAUUUUCAAACUCUCAAAGAGAAUCUUCAGAAGAGACCCACGCUGGACAAAAUGUUCACUUUGACGUCACAAAGAAAUGAUGAUGGUUUUCGAGCGUCUUAUAAUAUCUCGCUACUUAUAGCAAAAUCCGGAAAACCGCAUACCAUUGGAGAGCAGUUAAUUUUGCCAGCCGUUGAAGAGGUUAUAAAGACUGUUUUACACAAACCUGCGUUUGAUAUCAUAAAGAAAAUACCCUUAAGCAACAAUUCUGUUCAAAGACGCAUUGAUGAAAUGAGUGAUGAUAUUGAAAACUUCCUAUGUAAAUAUUUGCAAACGACCCAUUUCUCUAUACAACUGGACGAGUCAACUUUACCUGGAAAUGAAGCAUUAUUACUAGCAUAUGUUCGCUUUAUUAUGGAUCAAAAUAUCCACGAAGAAUUGCUAUUUGCGAGAACUUUGGCAACGGACACUAAAGGCGAAUCAAUUUUUCAUGUUUUGAGGGAUUACUUUAUUGAAAAAGAAAUUCCUCUAUCAAAUAUAAUAUCUGUAGCUACCGAUGGAGCACCUGCCAUGGUUGGUCGAUAUCGUGGAUUUAUAAGCUUUUUAAAAGAAAGCGUACCCGGGGUAUUAGCAGUACAUUGCGUCAUCCAUAGACAACACCUAGUUGCUAAAAAUUUGAAUGAAAGAUUGCAUGAAUCUCUGCAAUUUGUCAUUGACGCAGUAAACCGAAUCCGCAGCAAUGCGUUGAAUACGCGAUUAUUUGCGCAGUUGUGUGAAGAUAACGACGAGAACUUCCACCAAUUACUUCUUCACACUAAUGUGCGUUGGCUGUCGAAAGGUUUAUGCUUGGUAAGAUUUUUUGCACUUUUUGAAACUGUUCUAGAGUUUCUCGAUGGUAGAUAUGAAAAUUUAAAAGAAAGUUUAUUAAAAAGAAAAACGGACAUCGCGUAUUUGACCGAUUUAUUUGCUAAAUUUAAUACGAUGAAUUUGCAGUUGCAAGGUGACAGUUUAAAUUUGAUUAAGACAAAGUCGGUCAUUUCAGCGUUUCUUGUCAGAAUUAAAAUGAUGAAGCAAAACAUUGGACGGAGCGAAUUUUCACAAUUUCCCAAUUUAUCCCAAGUAAACUGCCAAGAAGACGAUGUUCCAGUCUAUGUGCAUCAUUUGAAUGCACUCUACUCAGAUUUUGAAACGAGAUUCGAAGAUAUUUUGACGCUAGUAAUACCACAAUGGAUUAUUAAUCCUUAUGGUGAUAUUGAGGAGGCGGAUAUCUCAUUACAAGAAGAAUUAAUUGGAAUAAGUACAAACGAAGAACUUAAGGUAGAGUUCAGAAAGGGUUAUCAAUAAUUUUGGCUUCAGAAAGACAUACCUGCUACAUAUCCCGGAGUGUGGAAUAUCACGAGAAAGUUUUUAAUUGCCUUUCCGUUUUCAUAUUUCGUAGAAAGAGGUUUCAGUGCAGUUACUAAUCUUAUUACAAAAAAAAGAAACAAACUGGACAUAGUAAACCGAGGAGAUUUGAGAUUAAAUGUUACUAAAUUGAAGCCAAAUGUUGAUAAUUUGUUAUUAAAGCAUCAAGUUCAUCCCUCGCAUUGAAUGAAUUAAUUUCUUUUUU